CGUCAAAUGUCGACAAAAGAGCAUCAAAUGGCAGCCUUAUGUCUUCAUAGCAAGUGCGUGUUGAUAAUAAUCAGCUCUAUAUUACAAAAGUCAAGCAAAUAAACCCAUUUAUGAAUCUGAGCAAAUUAACCUUGAUUUAUAAAUCUGAUCACUGCAGUUCCCUCUUUCGUGCGAAUUCUCGUCGUCAGAGAGAGUGGAGAGGGAGGGUGUGGCCGUGGGGGUCUGUUGUUGCUGAUGCUGUGGAGAUUGCGUUAAUCUCUGAUCUAGUCAUCGCGGUCUCCACUUCGUCCUGUCAACACCAGCGGCAUUCGCGCCCUGGAUGGCUGCAUUUGGCAUUUUUUCCCCGAGGACUUUUGGCUUAUAAGUAAUCAACCAUGGCUGACCCAAUGACACAAGAUUCAUUUCCCGUCCCGGAUCCCACAAUCGUGGAUCCUUCGGCUGUACGGAACGGCGGGUGCCCUCCUCAUGCGAAUCUAUCCAAAAAACCGAGUCAGGACGAUCCUUUUAACAUGGACCGGGACCAAGAGAUGAGAAUCAGCGACAGCGUUGAUGGUCAAGGCCUGCUGGAGAGCAGCAUGCGAUUAAAGCCCCACGAGGCUCAGAACUACAGGAAGAAGGCAUUGUGGGUGUCUUGGAUCUCCAUCGUGGUGACAAUCAUCCUGGCAGUGGCAGCCUUCACUGUUUCAUUCAUGAGACACAGCGCAUCAGCCUUCGGAUUUGCAUUUGACGCCACGUUGGACGUGCUAUCUUCAAUCAUCGUGCUGUGGCGUUAUAGCAACGCAGCAGCUGUCCACUCUGCCCAUAGGGAGUACAUAGCGUGUGUGGUCCUUGGGGUGGUCUUCAUCUUGUCAUCCCUGUGCAUUCUGGGAAAAGCCAUCCAUGACCUGGCCACCAAGCUGCUUCCUGAAGUGGAUGACUUCCUCUUCAGUGUGUCUAUUGUCAGUGGGAUUAUGUGUAUCAUCCUGGCUGUGUUGAAGUUCCUGCUGGGGAGAGUGCUGACCAGUAGAGCCCUCAUCACUGACGCGUUUAACUCCAUGGUGGGGGGCAUCAUGGGUUUCUCCAUCCUCAUCAGUGCUGAGGUCUUCAGACACCACCCUGACGUCUGGUACCUGGACGGAUCCAUCGGCGUCAUCAUCGGACUUGUCAUCCUCGCAUAUGGGGUCAAACUGCUGCUGGACAUGGUACCCAGGGUGAGACAGACCAGGAACUACGAACGCUUUGAGUGAGCCAAUCACCAGAUUGGUGGGAUGCUCUGAGGUUACACCUGCUGCACCCCUAACCCUCCCCUCUCUCUCUCUCUCUCUCUCUCUCUCUCUCUUCU